UUAUUGUGUGAUUUGUUACUGAGGCAGUGUAGAAUAAGUCAUUUAGUGUUUGUGUUGUAAAUACUACAUUUCUUAAAAAAUUCUUAUGAUUUUGUUUAAGGAAAACCUGGCAAGUCAUGACAUCAUUUUACUACCUUCUUGGACGAGCAAUCACUGGAUGAUCUGUGUAUGUGUCAAUAUAAUACAUAAUGUCAAGUAAAUAAAUAGAAAAUAUAAAACUCUUCCACUUAUUUUAGAUAUAAAACCUGAAAAGUAAGGAUUCAGUUCAUGAAAUGUAAUGUUAAAGUUGCACUGUCAUAGAUCAUGAAGCCAAAAAAAAGGGAGAUCUAUUGGCUUGAUUCCCUCUCUGGACGAGGCUUCAGUGAUACACGCUACUUGAGCAGUUACAGGUUUAUGAGUGAAAAGUUCAGAGUUCGGGAUAAUGGUAGUUCUGUUUUAAACCACAUAUCCCCGUUUUUGUUUAUUUUUGUUCACUUUUUUCCUCUUUGUUCAGAUUUAUCUAUCUUUAUAUGUUCAUUGAUGUUCUUUUAAUCAGUCCCAUCUGAAUGUCUGACGGACUGUAGGCCCUGUGAUGUAAGAGCUUUCAAUUUAAAUGUUUAAUGUUUUGUAUGUUUGUUUCUUUUAAUAUUGUUCUCUACAGAAAACUAGCACAGCAUGUAUGUUCAGACACAUGGGAUGAGUACAGUGCUGAUGAAAUUCCAGGCAUUCCCAAACAACACUGCUCAAAUAACUGUGGAGUGUUUGUGUUGAUGUAUGCUCUAUACAUUGUGAUGGAGGGGCAUUUUGAUUUUGAUGAGUCUGACAUGCACGUGCUAAGACACUGGUGGUGCAUAGUUUUGCUGACAAACUACCCCUUGAAGUCAGAUGCUGAAAGAAAAAGCCUCAGAAAAAGAAUGAGAACGCAGAGAGCAGAGGCAAUCGACCCCGUCCCAGCUGACGAUUAUCUGACCACGAUGCCUCCUGAGAUCCUGCGGCAAAUCCUUUUGAAGGUCAUCACAGAGGAUGGUGAUGUGGCUUUCCUGCGCCUCUCCUUGACGUGCAGGAUCUUCAAAGAAAUAGUUAGCAAUGCUAAAUUCAGGGAGCAGGCUCACUACAUCUGGCUGGACAGUGUCAUCAACUGGAGUAGGUUUUCUGAGGACUACAAAAAAGAGUUCAGAGUGCCAUAUUCCUUGACUGAAUGCCCUGAAUGUGGGGACAUUUUUAAAGACUGCCCACCUGGGUAUGUUGGGGAUGGCAGGAAGGGAGUCCUGCGAGGAUUCUACUCCACCAUCGACUUCCCAGGAUACUGCUCAGCAGAGUGCCACUUUAAUGCUGGAGGGGAAUUCCCCUAUGACAAUAUUUAACUGUUUUUGUUUAUUAAAGACAAUCAAAAAACUGCUGUAUCUUAAAUUAUUAUUAUUUUCUUGGUAACUUGUCAGUCUUACUGCUGUACAUCUGUACACACACACACACACACACACACACACACACACACACACACACACACACACACACACACACAUAUAUAUUAAGCAGCACUAAUCAUAGUUCAAUCGUGGUAUUUGUAGAAAAAUUAAAUGUGGCCAAAAAACUAUUAUCACCAGUACUUCUGCAAAAGUAAAACUAGUUAAUUUCUGUAAAUGUAAUCUUUCAGGAAUCCUUUUUAAGAAGGAAUAUUUUUGCAGGAAAAAUACUAAUGAAAUUCACCUAACUGUUUUCUUUAUCUAUAAAAUUCAUGAUUUGAUAAUAUUUUUAAUUAACAUUGAGACAUUUAGCAGGAAUAACCGCUUUUGUGUAUUUUAUUAACAAUAAAACAAUUUUCGAGAAGUUGUAAA